UGCUCACAACAAUGUCAAUUGUCAAUGUGCUAUAACCUUUUUCAAUUGUUGUUAACAUAAUAAGAAAAUAAAACAAACAAAUAAACAAAUAAACAACAACAAUGUCGAAUUUGUUGUGUCAAUUUGCGAGGUCAACCUCAACAAGAUUUAUCAGAAAUUUACAACCAAUUCGUCACAAAGUUGGACAAGGUGCUUAUGAAGGUGAAGGAAAAACAACAAUGACAAUACUCAAUAAAGAUGCUGAUUAUGGCAUGAUGAUUGAUUCAAUUUCACCAAUUGGUUUUCGUUUAAAUCUUGGUAUAAGUAUACUUGGUCCAAUGUUAAUAUUUCCAAGAUCAGUAAUUGGUUGGAAUAUUGGUGAAGCUGGUGAUAUUGAUGAAAAAUCAUUGACAAUAUUUAAAGUUCUUGAGCCAAAACCUGAUAUUGUUAUUUUAGGUUUAGAUCAAGUGUAUCCACGUGAUGCUCCAUUUUUAAAAGAUUUCGAAAGAAUUAUGAAAAGUUAUAAUAUUAAAUAUGAAAUUAAUCAAAUUAGACAUGCAUGUACAACAUUUAAUUUUUUAAAUGCUGAAAGUAGAUAUUGUGUUGGUGCAUUUAUGCCACCAGUUGACUUAUUUUCAUUUGAUCAAAUGAAAAUUGAUGAAGCUGCUGUUCAUCGUGCACUUCAUGGUCCAUAUCGACCUCAUAGUGAAGAAUUUACAAUUGAUCAUAAAUAAUUUUCGAUAUUAAAUUGUAAAAUGUAAAUAAUUUAUUCAAUAAAUUUUAAAAAAUAAUAGAA